AUGGAAUCUCUAGAUCCACAAACUGCUCGAUUUAUUCAAGAACUUCGGCAGGAAGGUGAAAGACAAAAAUUUCACGAACAAGUUAUGACGAUUUGUUCAAAAUGUUUUGAUAUUUGCGCUCCAGAUGCUAGACCACCAAAUAGAAUGGAUGCAAAGUUAGAAAAUUGUAUGGUUAAUUGUGUUAAUCGAAUGGCAGAUGCUACUGAAUAUCUUGCAAAAUGUUUGGAACAGAAAAUACGUUCACAUUCGUCUGGAAAUGAUGGCGGUUUUUCUUAG